CGCUCGCAGCUAACCGCAAAAUGAUUUCUUUCGUUCUUUUGCUUUCUCUCCUUUCGUUAUGUCAUAGAGAAUUGGGCGUUCUACUUCCGAAAGACAUGCAGCAAGGCUUACAAAAAAAACGCCGACGAAAAUGGAACGAACUCUCUUCUGUUUCGAAAUGUCCUACUAACGAAGGAAUUCUCAUCGUUUUGGUAAAAAGCGAUGUACAAUGAGUAAGAGUACUGGAUGCCACAUCUUCAAAUUUUGCAGGAUAAGGAUAAGUUCUCUAUCGACUAUGCCUCUUUCCUGCGAAGAUGUGAGGUGAAUGGAAAGCCCAUGUAGGAAUGCUAUCUUUAUUUCUGACUGUCCCACUCACUCUAAUCUCUAUAAUAGGACCAGUUCUCAAUGGUUUAGUUAUUGUGGCUAUAAUACUCACAAGACAGAUUUCCUCUGUCAACCAUAUACUCCUGCUGCAUUUGGGCCUCCUCAAUAUUGUUUUAGGACUAUUAUUCCUGAUAUUCUGCGUGCCAAGUUUCACCGUCGACAACUGGAUAUCCUCAGGGCCCUUUUGUACAUUCUACGGAUUCUUCUUCACACUGUUACAUCCGUUGGUGGUAUGGACCAUUUGUGGGCUGAAUUGUGACAGAUAUUAUGCCAUUGCCUCUCCCCUACAUUACGGUCAUAUUGUCAGCAAAAAGAAGGUAUUCUUCGGGCUCAGUACUGGUUGGAUAGUUUCUCUAGCCUUAUGUGUUCCACCACUUCUGAAGAUUGUCCCUUAUGGCUACAUCGAGGGAUUAACGACUUGUUCUUCGAGUCACAAAUACGAAAGAGGUGUUCUAAUGUAUUCUGCCAUUUACACAAUCUUCACACUACUCAUACCUGCCACACUCAUCAUCUGCUGCAACUUGAAGAUAUUGAUGAUAGCAAGAUAUCACCGACAUCGAAUUGCCUCAGCAAUUUACGAAGUUACACUUUCGGCUCAGGUUACAAUCACUCAUCAGAGAAACCCUUUCUUCGUCCCAACAGUGACGGCUCCAACUUCAGGUGGUCCGCCCAAAUUCAAGGGAAAAAGUGCCAUCCAUGCUGUUUUCGAACUGUUAGGAUCUUUCCUGAUUUUAUAUUUUCCCUAUUACGUCCUAGUGGUAUGGCAAGCUCUAGCAGAAACGUUUACGAGAAGCAGGGAGAAAAUUGAGAUACACCCAUACCUUUACCCCACAGCAACAGUCCUUCUGAUUUCGUCCAUACCAGUCAACGGUUUCUUGUACGGCGUCAAGAACAAAACACUUCGUAAAACAUUCCAAAAUUACCUGCGAAAGAAGCAAACCAAGAGCGAGGUCAAUCAAGAAAUUCAAGCCAGAACUCCGUCUACCUGUGGGUCACGAAGACCCUCGCUGACUCCUCUUGGUUUCUUUUCAAAACCAUCACUGCAGAGGCGGCUGUCUGAAGCCUUCUUGGACGUACAGAACACCAUGAGUCCCCACAAGUCCAAGAUCAAGAGAAUAGCCUCCGAUAUAGCCUGGAGGCCUUAUUCGAAUUCAAGUUUGAACCUGUCAACGACUGAGGAGAUUCCAGAGAAAAUGAAACAAACUCUGAGCUGUAACACGCUUCAAAUACCCUCAGAUGCUGAUCCUGUUUCCGUUAUUACUGAGGACGAGAUCUCGAUUAAGUUGAAGAAGAAUUCGACCACUCGUUCAUCCACCGCUCAUUUGAUUCUGCAGAAGAUAUUCACUGUCGGAGAACAAGAGAUAAGUGUUAAGAAGGCGGCUGUUAUGAAGAACGUUUUGGAUGGAACGCCUAAGAGAUCUCCGAGAAUUUUGAUAACCAGAGCUUUUUCGGAGGAGAGUGAGAAAUCUAACCCUAAUUCCCCUGCUAAGGAUAACAUGAGCAGGAACUACUCAACUUCCUCGACAAGCCUUCUGGAGAAGAAAUGGAGGCAAAUGAAAUACAAGUAUGAAGAAUCAGAAUUCGACGACGUCAAAUUCAAUCCAACUACCAAACCCCUUCUGCACAACAGUUGUUCAUCUGGUAGAGAAAGCGAUUCGUCUGACACGUCCGAUACAUCUAGCGGAAAAAUUUUCAUGUCGUUAGACCAUAGAAAGACUAUAUUGGAGCCUGAACCUACCGAAGAGCAUUUACUGCUAUCGUGGCCUCUGCAGAAGAAGUACAUGAAAGACGAUAACCGAAGAAAAAAAAUCCUCAAACAAACUAUUGUGAAUGUUACACAUGAAAUUGUGCUUUAACUAGUCAUUAUUUUCUAGUCUCUCUCAGAUUGCUCUAUGUGAUACGCAUUAUUUUCUGUAAAAUAGAUAUUUGUUUUAUGUUAAAACAGGGACGAUCUUAUAAUUAAUCUGUGAGUACAUUUACUCGAAAUCGAUCAGGAA